AUGGAAUUGGAUACCGGAUCGGCUGUCUCAGUGAUGGCUGAGGAUGAAUUCCAUAGGAAGUUUGGAAAACAGAAAUUUAGAAAACCAGACAUGAUACUACGAACAUAUUCAGGAGAACACAUUAAACCAGUCGGUUGUGUUAACGUGCAAGUAGAAUACAAUGACAGUAGUUACACAUUGCCAUUGUAUGUGGUUCGAAAAGGAGGACCCGCACUUCUUGGCAGGGAUUGGCUGAGAAAAAUUCCAUUGGACUGGAAAGUGAUUAAAGAAACACAUGCCAUGCACUCUGUGAAGGUGACGAGCAUCAGUGAAAUUCUGGACAAAUACAAAGACGUAUUUAACGAUGAUGUUGGUACUUUGAAGGGUAUCACAGCGAAGCUGUCUCUCAAAGAAAACAAACCCAAGUACGUCAAAGCUAGGACUGUACCAUUUUCAUUGCGAGCAAAAGUUGAGGAGGAACUUGAGAGGUUGGAAGCAGAAGGUACUCUUACGAAAGUUCAACACAGUGAAUGGGCGACCCCGAUUGUACCCGUAUUAAAGAAAAACGGCAGUGUGAGAAUCUGUGGUGAUUUUAAAGUGACAUUAAAUCCAGUACUUAAUGUUGAUCAAUAUCCGCUACCAAAAAUUGAUGACAUUUUUGCCAACAUAAAUGGAGGAUCACAUUUCUCCAAGAUCGACUUGAAACAAGCAUACCUGCAACUUCCAGUGGACGAAGAAUGCAAAGAGCUAUUGACCAUCAACACACACCGUGGGUUAUAUCGCUAUAACCGGAUGGCAUUUGGAAUUGCAUCAGCACCAGCAAUCUGGCAACGAACGAUCGAGCAGAUUUUACAGGGGGUUCCUGGAACACAAUGUAUCCUAGAUGAUAUGGUGAUCACAGGGAAAACAGAUGAAGAGCAUCUACAAAACUUAGAAAAAGUGUUGCAGAGACUUAGUGAAUACGAGAACAUCACAUUCUGUGGACACGUCAUUGAUAGACAUGGUCUACACAAGACACCAGAAAAGGUUGAUGCUAUUGUCAAGGCACCAUCACCCUCCAACGUGUCGCAGCUUAGGUCCUUUCUUGGAUUGGUGAAUUAUUAUGGGAAAUUCUUACCGGAUUUGGCAACUGUACUUGGACCUUUACACAAGUUGCUGCAGAAGGACUGUCAAUGGAAAUGGACUGAAGCCUGUGAGGAGUCUUUCAACAAGGUCAAGGACUUGGUUGCUUCAGAUAUGGUGUUGACGCACUACAGUCCAGAUCUGCCUAUUUCGUUAGCAUGUGAUGCAUCGCCAUAUGGACUUGGCGCAGUGAUUUCACAUGAGUUACCGGAUGGAACCGAGAAACCAAUUGCAUUUGCUUCUCGUUCUCUUGCGCCUGCAGAGAAGAACUACUCCCAAAUUGAUAAAGAAGCCUUAGGAAUUAUCUGGGGAAUCAAGAAGUUUCACGCUUAUUUGUUUGGAAGAAAAUUCAAGUUGAUCACAGAUCAUCAGGCCUUGAUUCAUAUAUUCAAUCCUCAGAAAGGUGUACCAGUGACUGCAUCAUCACGAUUACAGCGUUAUUCUCUAUUCUUGUCAGCAUACAACUAUGAGAUCGGAUUCAGGAAAACGUCCAAGCAUGCUAAUGCAGAUUCAAUGUCGCGACUACCCUUGGAAAGCACAGAGUCUGACUUAUCCAUAGACUUGGUGGACGCAUUUCACAUUGGACAGAUUGAAUGUCUACCAGUUUCCAGUAGAAGGAUUCAACAGGAAACUCGGAAUGAUGUAAUUCUCGGACGUGUGAUGUCAUGUGUGAAAAGUGACUGGACACCAAAAGAUAAAGAGGGGGAUCUGGCACCAUUUCAUGCACGCAGAAAUGAACUAUGUAUACAUCAUGGAUGUGUGAUGUGGGGUGUGAGAGUGAUCAUACCUGCCAAACUCAGAGACCAAGUGUUAUUCCAAAUACAUGAAGGACAUCUGGGUGUUGUCAAGAUGAAAACUUUAGCCAGAAGUUUCUGUUGGUGGCCAGGCAUUGAUCAGGAUAUUGAGACCGUGGCCAAGAAAUGUCAUUGGUGUCAGCAGAAUCAGAAUGCACCCAAAGGAGCACCAUUGAAUGCAUGGGAGUGGCCCACGAAACCAUGGGAUAGAGUCCACAUAGAUUUCGCCGGACCUUUCCUCGGAUCUAUGUUCCUGAUAAUGGUGGAUGCACAUUCGAAGUGGCCGGAGGUGAUCAAAAUGAGUACGACCACAUCAGCGUCCACAAUUGACGUUUUGAGAACAGUUUUCGCCCGAAACGGAUUUCCAGCAACUCUUGUGAGUGACAAUGGGCCGCAAUUUACGUCGAGGGAGUUCGAAGAUUUUGUUGAUGCCAAUGGCAUUAAACACAUCAAAACUUCACCAUAUCACCCAUCCAGUAAUGGACUUGCCGAACGCUUCGUACAAACAUUCAAACAAGCCAUGAAAUGCAGCAGAAGUGACUUGGGUAACAUCAAGAAAAAACUGGCAAACUUUCUGUUAGCUUACAGAAAUAUUCCGCAUUGUACUACCAACGAAACUCCAGCUAUACUGAUGAUGGGGAGAGAGUUGAGAACGAAAAUGCAGCUGAUGAGACCAAAUGUCGAAUCACAUGUUAAACAGAAGCAGCAGGAGAUGUGUGCACAGAGAAGUGCGCAUAACAGAGAAUUUGAACCUGGACAAUCGGUAAUGAUGAGGGAUUAUCGAGGAAAUAACAAAUGGAUUCCUGGAACUAUUGCGCAACGAACAGGACCAGUAUCAUAUCGUGUGCAAGUUGACCCGAUGACUCAAUGGAGGAGACAUGCAGAUCAAAUCGUGGUAUCGCAAGUUCCAAUGAUGACGCCCAGCGUAGACAUUCCAGAGUCAAAACAGUCAAGUGAACCAAGUGGUACAUACGUGGAUAGUGACGACCAGGAGAUGAAUGUUCCAGAGUACAGAACAUCGCAACCUGUCACACCAGUGAGAACGUCGAAAGUUUCGCAACCGCUUAAGUCCGAUGUCACACCAGUGAGAACAUCGAAAGUUGUUCGUACACCGCGAAAAGCCAUGCCUAUUGCACAGGAGAAACGAUAUCCAGUUCGGAUCCGCAAACCAAAGAUCAUGGAAGAUUUCGUAUACUCUGGUGCUCAGAAGACCAAUACCUGA